AUAAAGAGUACAAAUCCGGGAUUGACAAUCUUUUGGUGUUGCUUAUUGGUGGAAUUCCGAUUGCUCUGCCUACGCUUCUUUCGGUCACUAUGGCUAUCGGAUCACACAGGCUUUCACAGCAGGAUAAACUAAAGCUUUCUUGAGUCGGUCCAACCUUUCAACCUUGGUGAUACGGCUGCUACUCAGAAGGAUCUUACAUCUAGAAAAAAAAGGCAAAAAAAAAACCGAUAAAUUCUGUGCAAGGGGCCGCAAAAUUUCCAGCAUUAAUCGAGGCUGAUGAGCUUACUAAACAAGCUUCAAGUGCUCUUGAUAGAAUCCAUUUAUGGAGCAAAAUACAACUGGAACUCAGAACGCGUCGUCUUUGCAUGGUUAAAGAAAGCAGAUUAAAGCAAAAGAAGCUUCAAAAUCAGUUGAAAAUUCAGUCCAAGUUUCAUGAACUAGAGGAUUUGAUGGGUGCCACGUUCGAGUUUGGGAAAGAGUCCUUGCUGGCAGAAGGGAGGUGUGGGCCCGUUUACCGAGCUGUACUGCCAGGUGAUAUCCACAUGGCAGUGAAGGUGUUGGAGAGAGCUAGAGGGAUGAGUCAUGAUGAGGCUGUUUGUAUGUUUGAAGAGCUUUCAAAGCUUAAUCAUCCAAAUUUGCUGCCUAUAUCUGGUUACUGCAUUGCAGUAAACCAUCAUGUCAUGUGGCAACGCCACUAACCAAUGGAGGUAGAGACUUCUUGCAGUUACUAAUUGUUGGUGUACUUUUUCACCAAGUGGUAUAACAAAGAACAGAUAGCUCUUUCAUACAUAUACCUAUCUCAAGCAUCAACCGAGAGAAGCAUAAGAGAAAUGCAAUAUUUGUUUCAUUUCGAAAUAUUAUAAGUAACUUAUCAUCUUAAAUAUUUGACAUUAUGUAGACCCGUGUAGCACAUUUGUUAUGUCAACUGACUAUUUAAGAGAUGCCUUCUAAGUUGGAUCUGUAGCACAUUUGCUUAUGUCUGGUUGGUUUACUU